AUGAACGACCAUUCGAAAUACCUGCAGUGGAAAAAAAGCAUUCCACUGGUGUAUGACUUCUUCACGCACCAUAACCUCCAAGUGCCGUCUCCAUGCGUUCAUUGGUCUAGCGUGUUGUCCAAGGAGGAAAAGCAUCUGAGCCAGAUCAUGUGCUUCAGCGAGCGAGGCAACACGAAAAACCACAUCAUCAUCAGCAAAGUGAAGGUGCCUAGUGAAUAUCAGUCCGAUCUCUCUCGCAUAUCGCAGUUCAAUGAAUCGAAACCGUCUCCCCACAUGGAAACUUUGGGCAAGAUCAAGGCACCUCGGAACACUGAGGUGAAUCGGCUGAGGACUUUUCCAACGUGCAAGCAUCUGCUCCUGUCAAAGUCAGACCUCUCAGAUCUUCAUAUCUGGGACAUAUCCGACCCUUCCUCCCCAAAGGACAAGGAUCCGGUCGUGUUGAAAGGGCACGAGGAUGGCGUUUGUGAGAGCAGCUUCGCUGUGGAUACAUGCGACUCGGCUAUGAUGGUGGCCAGCGGCGACCAGCAGGGGAACGUUCUCAUCUGGGACGUUCAAUCCUUGGAGAGUGGAACAGAUGGGAAGAAAGCACUGAGCCCUAUACAGAGCCUCAAGGGCGAUAAUGGGCAUACAGACACUGUAGAGGCAGUGAAAUUCCAGCCCAAGAGCUCGCAGGAACUUUGCUCGGCCGGGGAUGACAAGUCGAUCAGGCUAUGGGAUCUCCGCGCCCCUGAGGCUCCAGUUGCAUCUGCUUUCAAUGAGAACGACAAUGAUUUCCAUUGCGUCGACUGGAGCGCCUUUGAUUUGAACAGCCUGCUCGCUGGAGAUUCUCAAGGAGUCGUCUACUUGUAUGACAAGAGGAAGGCAUGCUAUCGCCUUUUUGAGCCUAGUGAGCUGAUCUACUAUGUACAGUUCUCCGCUGAGAGCAAGGACUGCUACAUCAGAUCAUUCUCCGGUCACACGGCAGCUGUCACUUGCCUGGAAUUUAAUCCUCUCACUCCUAACUACUUUGCGAGUGGUGGCGAGGACGGCUGUGUGGUGCUCUGGGAUACGAACAAGGAACAGGCUAUGGCUGUCAACGGUUCAACUGUUGACACGAAUGUUGAGUUGAUCUUCAACCAUGUAGGGCACAGGGGAUCCAUCCAGGAUCUCAACUGGAAUCCUGAGAGCCCCUGGUGCCUGGCUACCGUGUCUGAAGAUUCGUCUGAGGGCUUGGGUGGGGGGACGAUUCAAAUUUGGAGAUCAUCCAGCCUCUCCAGGAUGACAAAAGAUGAACUGUCGAAGGAGAUCGAACUUGUUUGCCGAGACAGCAAAAGAGUUAAGACAGGCCCUGGGCCUUGA